UUGAACUUGUCUGAAUCAACUUCUUUGGGAAUAUUUCCACGCUUAUGCGGUAAAGUCUUCGACUGGUUUACGAAGAAUAAAUGCAGCUUUGGUUGUCCUGGCAGUAAACACUUGGUUCGAGUAUUCAAGGAAUUUCAAACUGUGGAGAAUGGCACGAAACAUCGUUUUGAUCACCGGCUGUUCUUCUGGGAUUGGACUAGCGACAGCCGUGCGUUUGGCCAAGGAUCCCGAACACAGAUACAAGGUGUACGCGACAAUGAGAAACCUUGGGAAGAAAGAGAGGUUAGAGACAGCAGGUGGGGACGCCCUGGACAACACGCUGUUCGUUCGACGGCUGGAUGUCACUAAGGACGAAACCAUUAAGGCUUUGGUGGAGGACAUCGUGCGCGAGGACGGCAAGAUUGAUGUCCUGGUGAAUAAUGCUGGUUCGUACGGUUGUGAUGCCAUCUUCCACCAGUCGUUGGAAUGGUGUCAAGAGAUGAUGGAUACCAACUUCUGGGGUGCUGUCCGCCUCACGCGCGCCGUACUUCCCACGAUGCAAGAACAUCGGUCUGGUAGGAUCAUCAACAUCAGCAGCACAUCUGGAAUCAAUGCUCUCCCCUUCUUCGGCAUUUACUCGGCUUCCAAGUUUGCUCUGGAGGGGUACUCUGAAUCGAUAGCACCGGUUCUGCGGGAUGCAUUCAACAUAAGAGUCAGUUUGAUCCAGCCCAGCGGCGUAGCCACCGACCUCAUCGCCAACUUCUACAAAGUCUCGUUCGAAGAGCAGGCCAAGGACUUUGGCGAUGUCCUGCGGCCCGUGUACGUGGACAUGAUGAACGGUUGGGCAGCCGAGUCGGCCAAGAUCGGGCCGAUGCAGACGGGGGAGGACCUGGCCCAGCUGAUCCAGGAGGUCGUGGAGACAGAGAACCCGCACCUGAGAUACCAGGCCAACGAGACCGUCAAGCAGCUCGCCGGCUGGAAGUGGACAGACCCCACGGGCGAUAGUUACCUGUCGUCCCUGAAGUGAGAAGUACACUGUAGGCAGCGAUGUAUCAUAAAGGAGCUGGGAUUGGGGUGAAAAAAGGCCCAUUCGAGACCCAGAAAGAAUGCAAACAAGGACGCGAAUUUGCUCUCUUAAUUUCAAAGCCUCCGACUGUCACAGGAAUGACACGGUUUUGAACGAGAACAUUCAAAUAUUUAAGACUGAAAUUAUUUGAAUGACAAAUUUCUGGAGUUUAAUCAACUUAUUCUCAGUCUAUCAGAAUAAGAACAAAAAUCGACUCGAACUCGUCUUUUCAUUGAUUUCAGUCGCAGGAAGUGGGUUUUUAAGAGUAAAUGUUCACUUUUUGGAAAUAAGAGUGCACAUUCAACUUCUAAUGGAACAUACUAAUAUGGGGUGAAUCCUGCCUAUUCCCUUGACUAUCGUUAAAUGAGAAUGAAGAAAAUAUACCAACUGUAAAUUAUUUAUGUUAAUUUUGGAUUUUUGCC